AUGGAACAAAAGAAAAAAACAAGUAUAGUCAAUUUCCAGAGAUCAGAAGACACACAAGCAAUCCCUGAUGUCCACUCAGGUCUUCCUAACGAGACAGUAAAGUUGGAGAAAGAAGAUGAUCCAUGGGUACCAAAUCACCGGGGCUCUGAGGAAAGCAAGGCCUUCCCUGGUGCUCACUCAGGGUUCCCUGAAGAGAUGACGAAAGUGAAAGAUGAGGAAGAAUUGUGGGAUCAUCAGGUUGUGGAAGAAAACAAGACCUCCCCAACUGCCUGUUCAGAGUUUCCUGUUUUGAAGGUAAAGGUGGAAGAAGAAGAGGACCCGCUGGUAUCAGAUGUCCAAGACUCCGAGGAAGGAUUUCCUGGUGUGAUCAUAAAGGUAGAACCAGAAGAGGAGCCGUGGGUCUCGGACCUCCAGGCUGAGGAGACAGUGAUGGUGUCAGGUGUCCAAUCAGGGAAUGAGUGUGCGAAAGAAGAGGAGGAGAAGAACUAUCUCCUGAGAAACACUAAACACAAUAAAACAACCUUAGCAGUGGCCAAAGGAAGUGUGUUCCGUUGUCUGGGGAAGUCAAAUCAAUGCAGGUCAGAAAAGCAGUCGGGAAAUUACCCUGGAAAGAGAGUUGGCAAGAAACCCUACAAAUGUUCAUAUUAUGGCAAAAUCUUCAUUUGGAAAAAAUACUUUCUAGCUCAGGAGAAAGCUCAUACAGGGGAGAAACCGUACAAAUGUUCCUAUUGCGGGAAAACCUUCAAUGUGAGAUCCUACCUCCUUGCCCACGAGCGAACCCAUACGGGAGAGAAGCCACACAAAUGCUCACUUUGUGGGAAAGGCUUCAACGUGAGGUCGUACCUCAUCGCUCACUGGAGAACCCACACUGGAGAGAAGCCCCACAUCUGCUCGUUCUGUGGAAAAAGCUUCAGCGGGCGGUCGAACCUGAACAGGCACCAGAGAAGCCACACAGGGGAGAAGCCCUACACGUGUGCCGUCUGCGGGAGAAGCUUCAGUCAUAAAGCUCACAUGAUCAGGCACGAGCGGAUCCACACAGGGGAGAAACCCUACAAGUGCUUGCAGUGUUUGAAGACCUUCAGCCAGAGCUCGACCCUCAUCGCGCAUGAGAGAACCCACACGGAGAAGCCAUACAAGUGCUCACACUGCGAGAAGAGCUUCAGCCAGAGUUCCAAACUCGCCACACACGAGAGAACCCACACUGGAGAAAAACCUUACGAGUGCCCCUCUUGUGGGAAGGGCUUCAAUCAUCGGUCGGAUUACAUCAUCCACGAGAGAACCCAUACGGGAGAUAAACCCUACCCGUGUUCCAUCUGCGGGAAGGGCUUCAGCGGGAGGUCCAACCUGACAAGACACGAAAGAAGCCACACAGGAGAGAAGCCGUACCUGUGUUCGCUCUGCGGGAAGGGCUUCUGCCACAAAGCGCACCUUCUCCGACAUGAGAAAAUCCACACGGGGGAGAAGCCAUACAAAUGCGCAGCUUGUGGCGAGAGCUUUAAGCAUCGGACUGACCUCAUCGGCCAUGAGCGGAAUCAUUCAGGGGUCAAACAGUAUACCUGCACAGCCUGCGGGAAAAGCUUCAGUGGGAAAUCGAACUUGAACAGGCACAAAAGGAGCCAUACAGGUGAAAAACCCUACACGUGCCUGGUCUGUGGCAGAAGCUUCAGUCACAAAGCACACCUGAUUAGGCACGAGAGAAUCCAUACGGGAGAAAAACCAUAUAAGUGUUCACACUGUCUGAAGAGCUUCAAUCAGAGCUCUACCCUUGUUGCUCAUGAGAGGACUCAUAGGGGGGAGAAACCAUAUAAAUCCUGA